AUGUCACAACCUAAUGCCACCACCUUCCACCCAAGCACCUUCAUCCUCCUGGGCAUUCCUGGGCUAGAAGACAUCCACAUCUGGUUGUCUCUGCCCUUCUGCUCCUUCUACCUUGUAGCAAUUUUGGGCAAUGUCACUAUCUUACUGGUGAUCUGGACUGAAAAGAAACUGCGGGAUCCUAUGUUCUAUUUCUUGGCCCUCCUCUCCACUAUUGACCUGGCACUCUCAACAACCUCUGUGCCCCGCAUGCUGGGCAUCUUCUGGUUUGGAGCCCACGAGAUCAACUUUGGAACAUGUAUGGCCCAAAUGUUCUUCAUCCACAGCCUCACUGGUAUGGAGUCGGGUGUGCUACUCGGCAUGGCCUUUGAUCGCUAUGUGGCGAUCUGUACCCCUCUCCGCUAUACCACUAUCUUGACAACUCAGGUGUUGACUGGAAUUGGAGUGGCUAUUGUGCUUCACCCUAUCUUGCUCAUGAUCCCUGUUGUCACCCUUGCCUGUCGUCUGCCCUUCUGCCAAGCUCGUGUUAUUGCACACUCUUACUGUGAACACAUGGGUAUCGUAAAAUUGGCAUGUGCCAGCAUUCGUGUUAAUGCCAUCUAUGGUCUCUUUGCGGCUUCCUUUCUUCUUGUGGAUCUGGUCCUCAUUGGUGUUUCCUAUGCCUAUAUUCUCCGUGCAGUCUUCCGUCUCCCUUCCCACGAUGCCCGACUCAAGGCGCUGAGCACCUGCAGUUCCCAUGUAGGAGUAAUGUGUGUCUUCUACACCCCUGCCUUUUUUUCCUUCCUUACUCACCGAUUUGGUCACCGAAUACCCCCAUAUGUUCAUAUUCUUAUUGCCAACCUUUACAUGAGCAUCCCACCAGCACUCAACCCUGUUAUAUAUGGUGUGAGAACCAAGCAGAUCCGGGAACGGGUGCUCCGGUACUUCACUGACUGA